AUGGAUUCUAGUCCAGAGACGGUCUACUAUGAUGUGAUCAUCGUCGGAGGGGGCGUCGCAGGUUGCGCUGCUGCGUUAACUCUAUUUCACUCAAACCCGGGUGCAUCCGUCCUGAUUUUAGAUGAUGCAGACCCUGGUGUAUUUAAGAUUGGAGAGUCGUUGCCUGCUGCCGCCAAGCAGAUUUUAACAUAUCUGUCUCCUGAUCUUCUUCAGCGACUUUCUGGAGAUGGGCACGAAAGGGCGUAUAUCAAGUGCACAGGCAAUGCAUCAGCCUGGGGAAGCUCCGAACUGGAAGAGACACACGCGAUGAUGAAUCCGUUUGGGAUGGGAUGGCAUCUCGACAGAGCUUGUUUCGACCAAAUCUUGCGCGACACGGUGUCCAGUGCUGCACCCGACACUAUUUCGCUCGUCAAAGGUGUCUUUAUGAGCGUAGAUACACGGGACGACGCUUUGCAUUGGUCUCUGUCAGCGAGCAUCUUUGAGUCUGACAAGACGAGAGUCUUCACGUCCAAGUGGGUGGUUGAUGCGUCCGGACGGAAAGCAACCGUCGCACGCAAGCUAGGAGCGCGAACGAUCAGAGAGGACGCACUCUUGGCAUUCUAUGCCGUGUUCGUCUCGCCACCGACUACUGAAGACCAAGAUUUCCGGACCGUAAUUGAGGCCAGCGAGUCCGGAUGGUGGUACAGUUCCCCCCUUCCCUCCAACCGCCGCGUCGUGGCUUACCACACCGACGACUCCAACCCGACUUCGAGGGACGCACGGAAGCAGGACGGUUUCAUUAAUCUUCUCCACACCAACACUCAGCACAUAUCGCAGCUGAUCACGUCGGGCGGCUACGACAUCCUUGUCCACGGUGACGCAAAGUACCCGGUGUGCACCGCAGCGGGCUCUGCACGCCUCGAACCACCUUGUGGUGUGUCUGUGUCGAGCGAGGCGAAGUGGAUCGCAGUGGGAGAUGCAGCUAUGGCGUUUGACCCCCUCUCAUCUCAAGGGAUGAUCACUGCCUUGAAGAUGGGCUGUUUCGUAGGCGACGUGAUAGCCCGGGACCUCCUCGCAGCUGGUUCGGACGAUCCUACAUCUAUAUUUCAGAAAGUCUAUUCGCAAGCGUGGUCGAAGUACGACGAGGAAAAACAGUAUUUCUAUGCUCAGGAGAAGAGAUUUGACGGAGAGUUCUGGAGGGCGAGAAAGUGA